AUGUCUGGCUUUCUUGAGAAUGCGUACAGUCUCGUUCACCAGGACAAUGCGGCCGACGUCCCCACCGUUUCCGAUCUGCGCAUGCAGCUCGAGAAGGGCACCGAUGAGACCAAGGUCGAGACUAUGAAGCGCAUCUUGACCAUCAUGCUCAAUGGCGAUCCUAUGCCCAGUCUUCUAAUGCACAUUAUUCGUUUCGUCAUGCCUUCAAAGUAUAAGCCUCUCAAGAAGCUUCUUUACUUCUACUACGAAAUAUGCCCCAAGCUUGACAGCAGCGGCAAGCUCAAACAGGAGAUGAUUCUAGUUUGUAACGGUAUCCGAAACGACCUUCAACAUCCCAACGAAUACAUUCGAGGAAACACCCUGCGCUUCCUUUGCAAGUUGAGGGAAGCCGAGCUCAUUGAACCUCUCCUCUCUUCAGCACGAUCUUGUCUCGAGCACCGACAUGCCUACGUCCGAAAAAACGCCGUUUUUGCCAUCGCCUCCAUUUUCUUGCACUCGCCCUCCCUGAUUCCAGAUGCCUCCGAACUCAUUUCGACUUUCCUCGAGGGAGAGAGUGACGGUGUUUGCCGAAGGAAUGGCUUUGCCGCUCUUGUUAGCAUUGACCAUGAUGCUGCCCUCGUUUACCUUAGUUCCGUUUUUGAAGGCAUUCCCAAUGCAGAGGAGCUUCUUCAGCUUGUCGAACUUGAGUUCAUUCGCAAGGAUGCGGUUCAGAAUUCCCAGAACAAGGCACGUUAUCUGCGAUUGAUCUUUGACCUGCUAGAAGCUGGCGCUUCAACUGUCGUAUACGAAGCUGCCUCAUCUCUUACUGCUUUAACCAACAAUCCUGUUGCAGUCAAGGCUGCCGCCGCCAAGUUCAUUGAGCUGAGCAUCAAGGAAGCCGAUAACAAUGUCAAGCUGAUCGUUCUUGACCGAGUUGAUCAAUUGCGCAAGAAGAACGAGGGUGUUCUUGAUGACCUGACCAUGGAGAUCCUCCGAGUUCUGUCCAGUACCGAUAUCGACGUCCGACGAAAGGCUCUUGGUCUCGCCCUUGAGAUGGUAUCUAGCAAGAAUGUUGAGGAGGUUGUCCUCUUACUCAAGAAGGAACUCUCCAAGACAGUCGACCAGGAAUACGAGAAGAAUACCGAGUACCGAUCUCUCCUUAUCCACUCUAUUCACCAAUGCGCCAUCAAGUUUUCCGAGGUCGCAGCGAGCGUCGUGGAGCUGCUUAUGGAUUUUAUUGCCGACUUCAACAACGCUUCCGCUGUCGACGUUAUCAACUUUGUCAAGGAAGUUGUUGAAAAGUUCCCCAAUCUGCGCACUACCAUUAUUGAGCGUCUUGUCUCCACCCUGGGUGAGGUCCGAGCUGGCAAGGUGUACCGUGGCAUCAUGUGGAUCAUUGGUGAGUACUCUCUCGAAGAGAAGGACAUUCGAGAGGCUUGGAAGAGGAUACGAGCUAGCCUUGGUGAAAUGCCCAUUCUCGCAUCGGAGCAACGGCUACUGGAUUCCCACGAUACUGAGGAGCAGACCGAUGAUCACAUCAACGGAGCAUCGAAGCCGGCCGCACCAUCUGGCUCCCGCAAGGUCCUGGCUGAUGGCACAUAUGCUACCGAGACUGCUCUUACCAGCCAGUCUUCAGCAGCUGCCAAGUUGGAGGCUGUCAAGACUGCCCAGAAGCCUCCUCUGCGACAACUCAUUCUCGAUGGAGACUACUAUCUGGCUACUGUUCUGUCAUCUACUCUCGUCAAGCUUGUCAUGCGGCAUCAUGAGAUUUCCUCGGAUAAGGCUCGAACUAAUGCUCUCCGGGCUGAGGCCAUGCUGAUUAUGAUUUCUAUCAUCCGAGUCGGACAGUCUCAGUUUGUCAAGGCUCCCAUCGAUGAGGACUCUGUAGACCGAAUCAUGUCAUGUGUACGCUCAUUGGCCGAGUUUGAGAAGAAGAAGGAGCUUGAGACCGUUUGGUUGGAUGAUACCCGCAAGGCCUUCCGAGCCAUGGUCCAGGUGGAGGAAAAGAAGCGAGCCGCCAAGGAGGCUUUCGAGAAGGCUAAGACUGCUGUGCAGGUUGAUGAUGUUGUCCAAAUUCGACAACUAGCCAAGAAAAACACCACUGAAGGCCUCGAUGAGAUCGAGGUGGAUCUGGAGAGGGCGACUGGUGGUGAGGGCACCGCUGAAGACCUGUCUUCCAAGCUUAGCCGUGUGGUUCAGUUGACCGGGUUCUCGGACCCCGUAUAUGCUGAAGCAUAUGUGAAGGUUCACCAGUUCGAUAUUGUUCUCGACGUCCUUCUUGUCAACCAGACGACAGAGACACUUCAAAACCUCUCAGUCGAGUUCGCCACGCUUGGUGACCUCAAGGUUGUCGAGCGACCUACUACACAGAACCUGGGCCCUCAUGACUUCCACAACGUGCAAUGCACAAUCAAGGUUUCAUCAACAGACACUGGUGUUAUCUUUGGUAACGUCGUGUAUGACGGUGCUCACUCUACUGAUACUAAUGUCGUUAUUCUUAACGACCUACACGUCGACAUCAUGGACUACAUCCAGCCCGCCACUUGUACAGAGACUCAAUUCCGCACUAUGUGGACUGAAUUCGAGUGGGAGAACAAGGUCAACAUCAACUCUAAGGCUAAGUCGCUACGUGACUUCCUCGACCAGCUUAUGGCCUGCACAAAUAUGAACUGCCUGACACCAGAGGCCAGUCUCAAGGGUGACUGUCAAUUCUUGAGCGCCAACCUUUACGCGAGGAGUGUGUUUGGCGAGGAUGCUCUCGCUAACCUGAGCAUUGAGAAGGAGGGCGAGGAUGGACCCAUCACUGGUUUCGUCAGAAUAAGAAGUCGAUCACAGGGCUUGGCGCUGAGCUUGGGCUCUUUGAAGGGACUUAACAAGAUCGGGUCCACGGCCUAG